UACUGUGCCCUUUAGAAACGGGGAGAUUGGCUCCGUUUUGAUGAACACCAGACAUUGAUUUGGGUGUACCCUGCAGUGAUGACUCCUUCGUGUAUUGCUACAGAGAGGAUUAGGCUACUGUGAAGGCACAGAGGCAGCAGAGUGAUUCCAAGGAGAGAGGAGCGACUGCCUAAUUCAGCGCAGAGCCUGGCAGUUUUCCCACACGCCAAAGCAAUUAGUGGGCACAUGGCUGUUUUCAGCACAUCCCUGGCUGUGGCAGAGCACGCGGGAGACGCAUGAUGCUGCUUGGGAGGGAAGUGCCUGAACAAUGAAAUCAUCCGACAUCGACCAGGAACUGUUCACCGAGAGCUACUGCAAAGUGUGCAGCGCUCAGCUGAUAUCGGAGUCGCAGCGCGUGGCGCAUUACGAGAGUCGGAAACAUGCAAGCAAAGUUCGCCUCUAUUAUAUGCUUCAUCCCAUAGAUGGAGGCUGUCCAGCUAAAAAGCUCCGAUCAGAAAAUGGCAGUGAUGGUGACUCGGUGGACAAGAACAAAUGCUGCACUCUGUGUAACAUGUCCUUUACCUCGGCAGUGGUGGCCGAAUCGCAUUACCAAGGGAAAAUCCAUGCCAAAAGGUUAAAACUGUUGCUAGGGGAACCGCCCGCGUUAAAGGCCCCAGAAACGGCUCUGGGCUCGCUGAAGCAGCCGCCCGCGGCGGGGUCCCCGGUGGUGUCCCCGGCCCAUCCCCGGAGGGACUCGGACCGGCACUGCCAGCUCUGCGCCGCCUGGUUCAACAACCCCGUGAUGGCACAGCAGCACUACGACGGCAAAAAGCACAAGAAGAACGCGGCCCGGGCCGAGCUGCUGCAGCAGCUGGGCAAGACGCUGGACCUGGGCGAGCUGCGAGGCCUGAAGCGCAGUUACACUUGUAAUAUCUGCAACGUCACUCUGAACUCGAUAGAGCAGUAUCACGCUCAUCUGAAGGGCUCCAAACACCAGACCAACCUGAAAAAUCAGUAGUAAUUCACCAGUCCAAAAAAGGAAAACUACCAAGACGUCUUCUGCGGAGAGGAACUGCUUAGCAAGAAGGAAGGAUCCUUUCUUGGACAAUGAGCGUUUCCUGUGUGGAUUCGUUAAUUAACAUGUAACUAACCUUCGCUUUGGACAAAUACAUGGAUUUUUCUUUUUUUAAUUUUGUGGUGAGUUAAGAUAUUUGGAUGGAUUUUUUUACCCUUUCAAGAUAAUAUUUAUUCAGCACAGAGUCUAAAUAUGAUAACUAUCCCGUAAAAGCAGCAUUUAACCGUCACGCAACCUCAGAGACAGCGGGAACAGAGUAUUUUACUUUUUCAUAUUUAUUCUUAGAUUUCUUCCAGGAGUAUAGAAUUAUUCUAUUACAUUAUCGAUGACAGUGAUGUAAUCAAGUCUCCAAGCAGAAAUAAACGUGAUUUCUUCACCUUC